AGCAGACGGCGAUGUGCGUCUUUCAGGCGAUGCUGCCAGCGUGACGUAUAAUCUAGUGGACGGUUCCUCAGAAACCACCUCGGUAGCUUGCUAGCCAACAUAGCCGAAAGAUUCAAGCUAUUUUUACGAUUUCGGUCAAUAUUAGCUACUGUGUUUUAGACACACUUCUGUCGUAUCUACUUGUUAACCUAUUUAAUUUAAUAUUACGUUAUUUUGUAUUAGUCAGCUAUAGUAGCUGGCUGGUUAAGUUAGCACUAGACUAGUCGCUAAUGACAGCUAGCUAGCUAACAUCCCCGAACAUGAGCUCCCUAAACUACUCUCCUCCGGUUAAAGAAGAGGAGGUCUGCUGGACGGAGAAAGAGGGUCUGUGGCAGAACAUUGUUGUUAAGGAAGAGGAGGAUGUUACAGUAAAACAAGUAGAGGGUGAGUAUGUUACUGUGAAAGAAGAAGAGAAAGACGUUUCAGUGAAAGAAGAGGAAGACUCGUUCAGAGUGAAAGAGGAGGAGGAUGUUACAGUAAAAGAAGAGAAAGAGGAGGAUGCAGUUUUUGGAGUGAAAGAGGAGGAGGGGGAGAUGACUGUCACAUUGAAAGAGGAGGGAGAAGAGGUUGGAGAUCUGUUUAACACCAGACCUGAGCCCUAGGACCAUGCCCCAGGACUACCUGACAUGAUGACUCCUUGCUGUCCCCAGUCCACCUGACUGUGCUGCUGCUCCAGUUUCAACUGUUCUGCCUUAUUAUUAUACGACCAUGCUGGUCAUUUAUGAACAUUUGAACAUCUUGGCCAUGUUCUGUUAUAAUCUCCACCCGGCACAGCCAGAAGAGGACUGGCCACCCCACAUAGCCUGGUUCCUCUCUAGGUUUCUUCCCAG